AUGUUAUGUAAGACGAAAAGCUUCGCAAUCUCAUCUGCCUCAUUACAUCAAGAACAUUUCCCCCAAAGACCGGAAAAGAUGCCACCAAAAACCACCCCCAAGCCCGGCGGCGGCGGCACCUUCACCUACUGCGUCGGCAGCAACCCGCCCUUCACCCCGGAAGAGUACAACAAGGACCCGGCCCGCCGCCAACGCGCCCUCGACCUCCUGGCCAAAAACGACCUCUACUCGGCCACGGUCGUGACCUUUAACCUCCCCGAGCGCGACACCUACGUCUACCACGCCAUGACGGCCGUCCGCCUCGCCGAGGUCCAGCGCGUCGUGAGUAUGGGCGGCGUCAACGGGUUGCAUGCGUGGUAUCGUGACGAGGAGGGGAAGCCGCUCGACCCCCCGCCCCAAGCAGACAUCCAAUCCUACAUCCAAAUCUUCUCCCCCAAAACCUCCACCCCGCAAGCCCUCAAAUCCCACCUCGCAAACGCCAAAAAGUCCUCCAUCCGCCACCUCUCCGCCACCCACCUCCUCGCCCACCGCUACAUCCACCCAUCCUACUCCUCCCCAACCUCAAACCCCAACCUAAACGCCAUCCCCAAGUCCAAAAACCCCCACACCUCCCUGCCCCCAAACCCCUCCCUAGACUUCUGGUCCUGGUCCGCCCUCUCCCUCCAAUACGCCGGCCCGACCUCCUCGCAACCCCUACAAUCCCACCACGUCCUCCCCAUCCUAAUGCACCACUUCGGCUGCGCAACACCCACCCACGAAGCCCUCUCCAUCCUCCGCCUCCUGUCCGCAGGCCGGCCCAUCGCAGACAUUGGCUCCGGAAACGGGUACUGGACGCACAUGCUCCGCUCGUACAACCUCACCGUCCACGCAGUCGAUAACCUCCAAUCCGAAUGGCGCACAAACUGGAUCGCAGACACAAUCCCCUCUGACGGGGUAACCUACCUCGCCCAACACGCUGGUGGAAAGGACAUGGUUAUGUUGCUAGUCUACCCCGUCGUAGGCGGUUCCGUCGCAGGCGGGACGGAAGGGAGUUUUACACGCGGGCUGGUGGAGGCGUACAAGGGCGAUACGAUUGCGGUUGUCGGCACGCAGAAUGGGAAUGGGUAUACGGGGUUUCGGGGGAUGACGAUGGCGGAGUAUAUGGCGAGGGAGCAGCCCGAGUGGGUGAAGGUUGUGCAGAUUCCGCUGCCGAGUUUCGCGGGCAAAGAUGAGGCGUUGUUUGUGUUUCAGAGGGGGGAGAGGGCGCCGCCUAGGGAUGAGGGUUUGGGAAAGGCGGAGGAUGGGUCAAAGGAUGCGUAG